AGUAUGUAAAGUAGUCGUAUAGGUGUUGGCUUGUCUCCAAUGAAUAAAGUGCGUUAACGACCGAACAUUGAUAAAAAACGCAAUUCCACGCGAAUAGCGAAGGUCAAAAAGAAAUGUAUAUAAACUGGGGUGAACGCUAUUGCUGAUGCAUUGUUCUGUUCCAAGACCAGACGAUCUCACUAUGAACGCUUUGGUGAUUGCCUUGUUCGCUACCGUGGCCGUAGCCAGUGCCGCUCCCUCGGGCUAUCUGGGAUUGGGACUGGGACUUGGCCAUCACGGCGCCCUGAUCGGAGCUCCGAUCGCUCAUGGAGCCGUCUUGGCUGGACCGGUCGCCCAUGGUGCCGCUUUGGUUGGACCAGUCGCUCCCGGAGCAGUGGUUGCAGGUCCCGCCCACGGGCCGUCAGUGAUCGCCGGCCCUGUCCACGGCCCAUCUGUUGUUGCUGGACCCGUCCAUGGACCCAGCCACAUCGCUGGACCAGUUAACCACGGAGCUGUCGUUGCUGGACCAGUUAACCAUGGUGCCAUCCUCACUCCACCAGUCAACCAUGGUGCGAUCCUCAUUCCACCAGUCAACCAUGGAGCCAUCAUUACCCCACCAAUCCAUCACGGUGCUGUCAUCGCUGGAGCUCAUCUUGGUUACGGACACUUGGGACACGGACAUUUUUAGGUGAUGCAAAACACCUCGUCUGCUGUAAAUGUUCCAGUAAUACCUGGAGGUGAGGAUGCAGGACAACCGUCGUUCUCUAGGAUAUUAAUGGAAAUCUUUACCUAGUCGGAUUUCGUCUGAAGUUGGCAAAGCUCAUGUACCUCUCCUAACUUGUACCUCAAAAUUUAUUAGUGUUUUUUUUUUGUAAAUAUUUAUUCACAAUAUUUGCUCAAUAAAGAGUCUAAGAACUCUCGAUGCUGAUGCUUUAUUUCGUACCUUACAGCGAUAAUGAUAAAUGUUACGAAGUAAAGGUUAAGCAAAUGUUAAUUUGGUCAUGGCACUGGUGACUGCCUUGAGCUCUCAAGUAAGGUCGCAAAAAUGAGAUACCAUCUAACCUUUCAUCCCAAUUUCUAACAGAAGCAGACUUUUAAAAUAUAAAAAAUUGAGUGCUAAAUGAAAAGUUAAUUUUUUAUUUUUGUAAUUCAAAUAUAUAUAUAUAUACAUUUCGAUUUUAGUUCUCCAUCAUCACUUGAGUCCUCUGCAAUCAAAGAUGCUCCCCAGCGUUGCGAACAUCGAAGUUAUUUCUUCAACGAACUGGUUGAUAUUGAGUUCAGGACGAAUAAAGCAAAAAAAUAGCAGAUCAUUUCUUAUCAAUACAUUUUUCGUUUUUUUAAAUUCUAAUUCGUUCAAGUGUUUCGGUAAACUUCACCUUUUUGAUGGAUUUGAUACAAGUUAGCAGCAUCAGGAAUACAACCUAUAAACUUAGGGAUUUUAAUUUUUAUGUCUGUUUUCUUAUCAGAAGAUGCUUUUAAUUGGUAAUUAUCUGGAAGAUAAAUACUAACAAGUUGAUGCUCAUCAGCGCGAGAGAAUGAUUUUGGUGUAGUGCUGUCAGAUGAUAAAUGUUGAAGAACGUACUGUUUAAAAAAACGGCAAAUUCAGAAAGUAAACGGUAGACUGCUUGCUAAGUUUUUCAGAAGAGCAUAUCCGCUGUACUGAUGAUUGCUAAUGAGCAUGAUACAACAUUUCAGAGAUGCCACACUAUACCAAGCUUCACAUUCCCAUUUUCAGGUUUAGAAUUUUUGGAGACUUGAAUCACUAUCUGCCUCGUCUUCUUCUUUAGGAAGAAAGUAUUUUACACCUGUUCAAAGACUUUUUCUUUAUAACCUUAGUUAUACUAGUUGCCUAAUACUUCAAGCAUUUGGAUUUCACUUCCAAAUUAGCAAACGCUAAAUGACGAGAAGUUGAUGGACUGGUGAAAUAUCAAAAAUUGGUUCCACAUAAGUUGUCGGAUAAAAAUUCACUUUUUUAUUUCUGUAAUUCAAAUAUGGUAGACUGCUUGUUGAGUUUUUCAGUAGAGUAUAGCCGCUGUACUGACGAUUGCUAAUGAGCAUGAAACAACAUUUCAGAGGUGCCGAAAAGCGUAUGGGAUUCCUGCUACCAACGUACGUGUCGGUGGCACUGUUUUGGAGAAAUGCUCAUAGAUGGCAAUGUCACAUACUUGAAACAUGAAAUAACUUCAAUAAUAAUCAUAACUGAAAUUAAAUAAAACUUAUAAUUAGGCUAAUAAAAAACGCGGAUACUAUAUCAAGCUUCAUAUUCUUGUUUUCAGAUUUCCCAUUUUUCUAGAUCUAAAGCAUUGCCUCAAAGAAGAACAUAUGUAUGUUAUAACAUUUAAAUUCAACUUUACUUUUUAAAAAAUUUAUUUGAGGAGAGUAGCUACUGUCCGUUACAAACGUUUACAAUUGAACUUAUUAGUUAGCGUACAUUACGGUGUCGCGCCGGGUAUUGAACAACAUGAAA